UCGCCCCUCCUCUUCCCUCCCUCUCCUCUCUCUCUCUCUGCUCUGGUGAGGUCCACAAUGGUACAGCCAGCAUCUUGCAGCACAAUGGUUGCAAGGUGGUGAGCUGAGGGAGAGUGAUUCAGCAUCAGCAAACCUCGGUUCGGUCCACCUCUGCUUCUUUUUCCCCUUUCUCUCUCGUCUUCUUUUUCGGACCCCUUUUUCCCUCUCACUCCUUCGUCACAUCAAUGAUUUUUUUCAUGAAGCCUUCAGCAAUGGUCUCCGCAGUGUUUCCCGUCGGGAUGUUUUGAAAAGGACAGGCACCGGACUGGGAUCGUCAUCAACUGGCACGGAAUGGUAUUUAUGAGCAGACAUUUCUUAUAUAACUGCAGCCAACCAGUCCUGGAUGUAAAGAUAGCCUUUUGUCAGGGUUUUGGAAAACAAGUGGAUGUGUCAUAUAUUGCCAAGCAUUACAACAUGAGCAAAAGCAAAGUGGACAACCAGUUCUACAGUGUGGAAGUGGGAGACUCUACCUUCACAGUUUUAAAACGCUACCAGAAUUUAAAGCCCAUUGGUUCUGGAGCUCAGGGAAUUGUCUGUGCGGGCUAUGACGCUGUCCUGGACAGAAAUGUAGCCAUCAAGAAGCUGAGCAGACCCUUCCAGAACCAGACCCAUGCCAAGAGGGCAUACCGGGAGUUGGUGCUUAUGAAAUGCGUCAAUCACAAAAAUAUUAUCAGUUUAUUAAAUGUCUUCACACCACAGAAAUCAUUAGAGGAAUUCCAGGAUGUGUAUCUAGUGAUGGAACUAAUGGAUGCCAACUUGUGCCAGGUGAUUCAGAUGGAGCUUGACCAUGAGAGAAUGUCCUACCUGCUCUACCAGAUGCUGUGUGGUAUCAAACAUCUGCACUCAGCCGGCAUUAUUCACAGGGAUCUCAAACCAAGCAAUAUAGUGGUGAAAUCAGACUGUACCCUGAAAAUCCUGGAUUUCGGUCUGGCUAGGACUGCAGGCACCAGUUUCAUGAUGACCCCGUAUGUGGUGACCCGAUACUACAGAGCCCCAGAGGUCAUACUAGGAAUGGGAUACAAGGAGAAUGUGGAUAUUUGGUCGGUGGGGUGCAUUAUGGGAGAAAUGGUGCGCCACAAAAUCCUUUUCCCUGGCCGGGACUAUAUUGAUCAGUGGAACAAAGUGAUCGAGCAGCUGGGCACGCCCUCGCCAGAAUUCAUGAAGAAACUUCAACCCACAGUGAGGAACUAUGUCGAGAACCGGCCAAAGUACGCAGGCCUCACCUUCCCCAAACUCUUCCCCGACUGCCUUUUCCCUGCUGACUCUGAGCACAACAAACUCAAAGCAAGCCAGGCUAGAGACUUGCUGUCUAAGAUGCUGAUUAUCGACCCUGCUAAGCGGAUGUCAGUGGAUGAGGCCUUACAGCACCCCUACAUCAACGUGUGGUAUGAUCCGGCUGAGGUGGAGGCGGCCAGAGAUAACAUCCAAAUAUCCAUGCCUCCACCUCAGAUCUACGACAAGCAGCUGGAUGAAAGAGAACACUCCAUUGAUGAAUGGAAAGAACUUAUCUACAAAGAGGUGAUGAACUUUGAGGAGAGAACGAAGAAUGGCGUUGUGAAGGGACAACCUUCACCUUCAGGUGCAGCCGUGAACAGCAGCGAGAGCCUCCCUCCCUCCUCCUCAAUCAACGACAUCUCCUCCAUGUCCACCGACCAGACCCUGGCCUCAGACACUGACAGCAGCCUGGAGACCUCUGCAGGACCCUUGGGGUGUUGCAGGUGACUAGCCGCCUGCCUGCGCAACCCCAUGUUCUUCCGAAGGUGAAGAACCCAACAAAAACGACCGCCGGAAAAUACGACGGCAAAAGAAAAAGACAAAAAAAAAAAAAGAGUAAAGAUCAAAAUUAAUAUAUUAAGAACAAAAAUAUGAGAUAUAGGAAUCUGAAUUUAUGAAAUCUAAAGCCUGUGCAUUGUCACUGAAAAACAGCAGCGGUAUUCAAGUAAAUGAGCUCAGAUAUAUGUUAAUGAUCCUCUAGUUGCUUUGCUUAUAUUACCCCUCAUAUUCUUGUAUAUGGCAUCAGAUCAAAAUGACCAAGCGCUUAGACUUGCAUCUCCUGUAAAGUGCAUAUUGGCUGGCAGCUGGUCUCCCAAUUCCUUACAGACAAAAAAAAAAGCAACCAAAAGAAAAGCAUUUAUGCUCCGAUCAUUGUGGCAAGGUGGGCUGCCAUUUUUGCUCAUCACUACUGCUAAAUGGGGACUUUCCUCUCCUUCCUCCCCCAGCCCCUCUCCCCUAUUCAGCUCUUAUUUAAUUACACUGCUGUAUUUUAACAUUGUGUGAGACACCGCCACCUGACCCC